GUUGGCGCGGCUUGGGCGGUUGUCUUGGAGAAGCAAGAUGGCGGCGACGGCGGCCGCGGUGGUGCCGGAGGAGGACACGGAGCUGCGGGACCUGCUGGUGCAGACGCUGGAGAACAGCGGGGUUCUGAACCGCAUCAAGGCCGAGCUCCGAGCAGCUGUGUUUUUAGCACUAGAAGAGCAAGAGAAAGUAGAGAACAAAACUCCUCUAGUCAAUGAAAGCCUGAGAAAGUUUUUAAAUACGAAAGAUGGCCGGCUGGCCGCUAGUCUCGUUGCGGAGUUUCUCCAGUUUUUCAAUCUUGACUUCACCUUGGCCGUUUUUCAACCCGAAACCAGCACAUUUCAGAGUCUUGAAGGCCGAGAGAACUUAGCCCGAGAUCUAGGUAUUAUCGAGGCAGAAGGUACUGUGGGCGGACCGUUGUUACUGGAGGUGAUCAGACGUUGUCAGCAGAAGGAGAGAGGGCCACCCAGUGGGGAGGGUGCACUAGAGCUGUCUGAUGUUCAUUCUCCACCAAAGUCCCCGGAAGGCAAAACCAGCGCUCACAGCAAUCCCAGUAAGAAGGCUGGCAGCGAUACCAGUCAGACGGACACGAGCGUCUCCUCGUCAGAACCAAAGAGCAGAAGCGGCCUCCACUUGCUGGCCCAUGAAACCAAAAUCGCAUCUUUCUUAAGUAACAAAAGUCUAGAUGUCAAAGACAAAGCUGGUCUUUGUCCAGACGAAGAUGAUAUGGAAGGGGAUUCUUUCUUCGACGAUCCCAUUCCUAAACCGGAAAAAACUUACGGUUGGAGAAGUGAACCUGGGAAGCAAGCAGGAAGCCUCGCCUCGCUCUCCGACGCGCCCCCCCUGAAGAGUGGACUCAGCUCGCUCACCGCAGCGCCCCCGUUGAAGGACUCGGAAGGUAAACGAGGAAGCACAGUUUUGAACGAUCUGAAAUUGGUCAGUGAUAAAAUUGGAUCACUUGGAUUAGGGACCGGAGAGGGCGACGACUACGCGGACGACUUCAACAGCGCCAGCCACCGCUCGGAGAAGAGUGAGCUCAGUAUUGGGGAAGAGAUCGAGGAGGAUCUUUCUGUGGAAAUCGACGACCUCAACACCAGUGAUAAACUUGAUGACCUGACACAGGACCUGACCGUGUCCCAGCUCAGUGACGUUGCCGAUUAUCUGGAAGAUGUUGCAUAGACGAGAAAGAAAGAAGUAUUCUCAUCAACAAAGGACAAAGGACUCUGAUCACUUCCAUUUUUUUUCCCUCCAGACAAUCACUCUUUGCUGGAAUGUCUGCUCCCUGUUGGUGCCUUGUGUUUCAAAAAGACUGCAGAUAUUUUUAAAAAUUAAGUUUUCAUUAUACUCAACGAAAGCUUCUUACUUGAGGCCAUUUGUGGAAGAUACACUGUUCUUAAUUUGGUUUGGCUACACAUUUGUCUGUGGAAGUUGAUUACCGACAACUCAGCUUCAUUUCGAGGACCGAACCCGGGAAACCAUGAGUAUUCUAGCUCCCUGAAAGGUCUCAAUAAAGCUGCAGGCUCCCACAGCUCUGCGUGUGUGUGUGGCUUCACCAGCCAGGACAAAGCAUACGUGACCGUCGGUGGUGGUGCCCCUGGUCGCAGAGCGGCCUGAAGCUUAUUACCGGAAGUGAGAGUUGACUCCUCUGCUUUAUUUGGAUUUCCUUCCGUCUGGAAGGGUUGUUAGACUGAUAAGGUUAUAUUAAAUACCCCUGUGUGCGCUAGUGUUGCUUGUUUUGAAGAAAUCUAGGGUCGUUAUGACUUUUAAUCCACGAAUUGUCGCCAGCAGCAUCCGUGGUCGCCUCCCCUGUCCGCAGAAGAAGCUGUUGGUCCCCAGACUGUCGUCUUUAUCGUUGUAAUUCAUUGGGUGUAAAGAUGCCUGGAACCCAAUUCCAGAACGCAUCUGGAAGCACCAAGAGGGCUUCUCUUUCCGAUCUGUGAGUCGGUCGUAUUAAAAUCCGAAUUGGACCUUAACAGUAGUAAUGGCCCAAGACCAUGUCCCGUGGGCCAAGCUUUGGGCACCGUCCGUGGCUUCCUCACAGCCCCGUAGGACGGAGUUGCCGCUGGCCCGUGGGCAGCCUCGUUCCCGCCCGCUGCUGCCCGCGGGGUCGCUGGCCUUCGCCCCCGGGAGUGAUGCAGACGUGAAGCUGUGAUUGUGCGCCACGUUUGUAUUUUUUAUUUGAAUUAAAUUAUGUUUGUUUUUAUUAAAAGUCACCUUUACUAAUAAAGAGCAAACGAGACCUA